CAAGAAUAAUAAAAAGGCUUAUCAUGAAACAAUUCUUGGCUCACCAUGGAAACUCAUCACCUCAACCUUCUUCCUUCCACCACUAACCCUAACCCUAACCCUAAAAAAAGGCAACGCAGAAGCGAUGAAGAAAAAUACAGAGGAGUCCGAAUGAGAAGUUGGGGAAAAUGGGUUUCUGAAAUCAGAGAACCCAGAAAAAAAUCACGCAUCUGGCUCGGUACUUACCCCACUCCAGAAAUGGCGGCUCGAGCUCACGAUGUAGCCGCUCUCGCCAUUAAAGGUUCCUCGGCUCAUCUCAAUUUUCCUCAGUUCGCUCAUCAGCUCCCACGUCCUCUCACCACCUCGCCUAAAGACAUUCAAGCCGCCGCCGCCAAAGCCGCCGCGUCUACCUCAUUUCAAGCCAAACACAGCUCGACUGGCGACGACGACGCCCACGAUGAAGAUACGCUGUUUGAUCUCCCUGAUCUUGUGGAUUCAAACGCUGCGUUUUGCUACUGUUCUUCUUCAUGGCCGCCUGACGAACUACCGGAGUUCGUCUGGGACAACUUCUGAACUUAAAGAGUUUGCGUAUCGAUGGGUGAUAUCUAACUGCUACCUCAAAUUUUUUCAAACUCCAUUCUUUACUGAAUUUCGUCAACACCAAUAGAUGAUUCGCGUGAUCCUCCGAUGUGGGAUGCAUAGUUCUGAUCUU